UUCCUGCAGUGUGGAUUCGAUCACUCGUUUCUCUCAUCAUUCGUCAUCAACUGGCGUUCAGAAUGCAGUGAAAUAAUUUCUGCCCUCCUGAAUACUAACACAUACACACGCAAAACUCUGUCAUUUAGUACUGACCCGCGGCUUCCACCACAGUCUUUUCACAAUCGGAGCAACAGCUACAUCAGAGUCAACAUGCAUUCCUCAACAACGCCGCCGAUAACGGCCGAGCACAAUCAGACAUACUACGACGUAGUACAACGUCCCGAUCCAGAAAAGCAAGGACAUGCGGCAACCCCCAAUAAACAGGCAGCAGAAAGAUCAUGGUUAGAGGCAGGCUCAGACAUGCCCACCGAGCGUGAUGGGUCCCUCACCGGAGAGCCGCUCUCAGCGACACCUCCGACCCAGGAGUAUCCUAGCGGCAUGAAGCUCGCGAUGAUUGUAAUCGCCUUGAUACUCACCAUAUUCUUAGUUUCGCUGGACCAGACUAUUGUCGCGACAGCUAUUCCAAAGAUAACCGAUGAAUUCCAUAGCCUCGAUGAUAUUUCGUGGUAUGCUUCAGCAUUCUUCAUGAGUAAUGGCGGUACGCAGAUGAUCUGGGGAAAAUCAUACAAGUACUUUUCCCUCAAAACCACGUUCAUGAUGGCCAUCUUCAUCUUUGAGCUCGGCUCUUUGAUAUGCGGUGUCGCACCCAACUCAACAGCUUUGAUCAUAGGAAGGGCUAUUGCAGGGAUGGGAGGAUCAGGCGUGGCCACUGGGGUAUACACUCUGAUUGCCUUUGCUGUUGCGCCCCAUGAAAGAGCUAUCUACACUGGGCUAAUUGGCGCGACAUACGGGGUCGCUGCCGUCAUUGGACCUCUCAUAGGGGGUGUUUUGACGGACCACGCGACUUGGCGGUGGUGUUUCUAUAUCAACUUGCCCAUCGGAGGUUUAUCUGCCUUCGUUAUCCUACUCUUUUUCAGCACCCCAGCUGCUGCUAAGCCCGAGAAGGCCGCCUGGAAAGAAAAGUUGCUACAAAUGGAUAUAUUGGGUUGCAUACUUGUUAUGGGCGCUUCUAUAUCUUUGAUACUUGCUCUACAGUAUGGUGGUGCAGAGUAUGCAUGGAAUUCGAGUAUCGUGAUCGGCUUAUUUGUUGGCUGUGGGGCCAUGUUGAUCGUAUUAAUACUGCUCGAGAUGAGGCUGGGAGAGAGAGCUAUGCUGCCAUCACGGAUCGUACGCGACAGGAACAUCUGGGCAACCAGCGUAUUCUCCUUUUUCUUCUCUGGUUCCUACUUUGUCCCUCUCUAUUAUCUUCCCAUCUAUUUCCAGAGCAUCACCAACACCAGCCCAACAAACUCAGGAGUGCGAGUACUACCUCUCAUCAUUUCUUUUAGCAUUGUCACGAUUUUCUCAGGAGGAGUCAUAUCGAAGACUGGUAUUGCGACUCCAUUCAUGCCUGCCGCGGCAGUACUCACAGCUGUCGGAUCCGGAUUACUGUACACUCUCGACAUUGGGUCAAGUCUGGGGAAGAUCAUUGGCUAUCAAAUUCUGGCGGGUGUAGGGUAUGGUGCAGCAUUGCAAGUACCAAUCAUCAUAGGUCAAGCCAAAAGUGAUCCAAGUGAUUUAUCAUCUGUCAGUGCCAUCAUGCUAUUUGCCCAAACAAUGGGUGCAUCGAUUAUUGUCGGGGCUGCGCAGUCAGGGUUUGUCAAUGAGCUUCUAAAACAGCUCGCCAUCAUAACACCGAACACUGAUCGGAAUCUGGUCGUGGCGAAUGGGGCGACUGCUUUGCGCAACCUCUUCUCCGGCGAGGAGCUGAGCAGUAUUCUUAUUGCAUAUAUGGCGGGCAUUAAGAUUACCUACAUAAUCGUUGUCGGUGCUGUGGGCAUUUCAUUGCCUUUGAGUCUGCUGGUCAGCUGGAAGAGGAUCAACACUGGCGCAGUAACUGGCGCAAUUUAA